UGAGUCAGGGUUUUCUGUUUUCUUUGAAUCCAUAAGUCCAGGUUUCCUAUUUUCCAAACCAUCAAUGGAUUCUCAUGGAAUUCUUCACUUUCUGUUAAUAUUGCUCUCGGUUUCAACAAUAUGCCAGUCCUGGAGUUUUUUCUCUUUCUCUUCCAAACCAUCUCACAGUCCUGAAGAACUCUCCCACGGCGACUCGGUGGCCGAAUUCUCCAUGGAUUGCCUAAACGAUGAGAAGGGAACGAGGUUGCUCCAAGAUGCUAAAACCAGGUUGGUCGGGACAAAUUCUUGCUGGAGAACUGCCUACGAACAUCUCCUUUCCGGGUGCAAAGACAUCAUCGCUACAUCCGAGAAACGUUCGAGAUUCGCUUGGCAUUUAAGCGAUUGUUUUCAAAAGGAUUCCGGGAGACCACCUUUGCCCUUCUGUCACACAGAUUCCGCCAUGGUUGAUUGUCUGAAGAAGUUGAACGACUUGGAACACAAGGUUUAUCUUGACUUCUGGCUUGAGACAAAUUCAAUCUGUUAUCAGUUACAGAGCCAGGCGUUCAAGAUUGAAACAGAGAGACUCGUCAAUGAACUCAAACACUCUGCACAAUAUGCACAGGACAAACUAGAUUCUAUAGAGGAAUCGACGAAUGCCGUGUUGCGGAGUUCGAAUGAGAUUAGUGAUUCCUUGAAUGCAAUCGAUGUUCGAAUCCAUAACGUCGAUCAGAUGACUCAGGGUUUAGAAGGAUACAUGGAGAGUUUGAUUGAGCAUUCGAGGACGAUUCACAAGAAAGCUUCAGAGAUGGUGGAUUCGCAGAGAGAGUUGCGUGAUGAUCAAGCAAUAAUGAAUGAUCAACUCAAGGAAGGAAUAUCGAUGCUUGAUGGUGCUUACAAGAAUUUGGGGUAUCAAGUGGAUAGCCUGAGAAGUGAGGCCAUUGCAAUACAGAAUGAGAUUAACAAAGUUGGAAAUUCAAUGUCUUCAAGCAUGAACAAUCUCAAAACAACAUCAGAUGAUAUUAGAGAUAAGGCAGGUGCCUCACUAGACAAGCAGCAGCAGCUUCUAGAUGGGCAGUCGAUGGCGCUUGAGGGUCUUCGGUUUCUUACUCAAUUUCAAUCCGAAGCACUGGAAGAGAGCAGGAAUACUCUGCAGCGGUUAGCCGAGUAUGGACGAAAACAACAAGAGGAGCUUCUAAAACGACAAGAACAGCUUCAACAAGUCCAUGAUCAUUUGGUGGAGAAUUCGAAAUCAAUAUUGGCAGCUCAGGAGGCAUUUGAAUCAAAACAAGCAAGCAUGUUUAUAGCACUAGACAAGAUAUUUGCUCUGCACAAUGCCAUGCUGCUUGAAUCAAGACUAAUUAAAGCUUUCUUUAUCUACUCUAUGUCAACCUUCAUCAUCUACAUGUUCACCAGCACAAAGCAAACAUAUCCCGUAAGAACAAGGCUAUAUAUCGGACUAUGUGCUACAUUCUCGAUGGAAGUCGGCAUCCUUCGGUUCAUGGAAAAUGAUAUCGAACAGCAAACAUGGAUGAUAAAUCUGGUUAGGUCACUGUAUGUGCUGGUUGCUUGUAUUCAGAUUCUAUAUGCCGUUUGCACGUACAGGGACUAUGAAUUAUUGAACCAUCAGAUGCUAUUAACAUUGAUGGAGAAAGUGGAUAAAAUGCAGAGGAAUAAAGCAUCAUUGUCAUGGGAAACGGAGGAUAGUGACGUGGAGUGGUCUUCAUGGGUUGAUGUAGAGUUACCGGAAGAUGUGGACAAACUGAAAGACCCAGACUUUGUAAUUGGAGAAGAAAUGGAACAGAGUUGGGUUUCAACUUCUUCCACCACAAGAAAAUAUAAUCUCCGCCAACGCAAAUACUCUAAUCUUACUUAA